GUGAAGGGAGAGGAAGAAGAGGAUAACACCUUGGAAGUGAGAGAGACUAAAGUUAAGGGCAAAAGUGGAAAAUUCUUCUCCGUGAAGCUGCCAUCUCCUCUGGCACCAGGAGCCAAGGUCCGUGUAUCCGUUGAAAUGGUUUUCACGCACGUCCUGCAGCCUUACCCCACCCAUAUCACCCAAAGUGAGAAGCAGUUUGUGGUCUUUGAAGGAAAUCACUAUUUCUACUCACCAUACUUCACCAAGACCCAAACAACCCGGGUCAAACUGGCCUCCAGGAACGUAGAGAGUUACACCAAGCUGGGCAACCCUUCCCGCACUGAAGACAUGAUUGAAUAUGGUCCCUUCAAGGAUGUUCCUCCAUACAGCCAGGACACUCUGAAGGUGCACUAUGAAAAUAACAGUCCAUUCCUGACCAUCACCAGUAUGACCCGGGUCAUCGAGGUGUCUCACUGGGGAAACAUUGCAGUUGAAGAGACGGUUGAUUUGAAGCACACAGGAGCAGUGCUGAAAGGGCCUUUCUCCAGAUAUGACUACCAGAGACAGCCAGACAGUGGGAUCUCUUCUGUCAAGUCUUUUAAGACCAUUCUCCCAGCUGCUGCUCAGGACGUCUAUUACAGAGAUGAAAUCGGAAACAUCUCCACCAGCCACCUCCUUGUCCUGGAUGACUCCGUGGAGAUGGAGAUCCGUCCUCGCUUCCCGCUUUUUGGGGGAUGGAAAACCCAUUAUAUCAUUGGCUAUAACCUGCCAAGCUACGAAUAUCUCUACAAUCUCGGGGAUCAGUAUGCCUUGAAAAUGAGGUUUGUCGACCACGUGUUUGAUGAGCAAGUUACCGACUCUCUGACUGUCAAGAUCAUCCUGCCAGAAGGUGCCAAGAAUAUCCAUGUGGACAGCCCCUAUGAAAUCAGUCGUGCUUCAGACGAGCUUCACUACACUUAUCUGGACACUUUUGGACGUCCAGUUAUCGUGGCACACAAGAGCAACCUGGUGGAGCAGCACAUCCAAGACAUUGUGAUUCAUUACACCUUCAACAAAAUCUUGAUGCUGCAGGAGCCUCUGCUGGUGGUUGGAGCUUUUUACAUCUUGUUCUUCACUGUGAUCGUCUACGUGAGGCUGGAUUUCUCCAUCACUAAGGAUCCAGCUGCUGAAGCCAGGAUGAAGGUUGCCUGUAUCACAGAGCAAGUGCUUACUCUGGUGAACAAGAGACUUGGGCUGUACCGUCACUUUGAUGAAGCAGUGAAUAAAUACAAGCAGUCACGGGACAUCUCUACUCUGAACAGUGGCAAAAAGGCUUUGGAGACGGAGCACAAAGCCCUGACAAGUGAAAUAGCCUCUCUGCAGUCUAAACUGAAGACAGAAGGCUCUGACUUAUGUGACAAAGUAAGUGAGAUUCAGAAGCUCGAUGGCCAAGUCAAGGAGCUUGUUCUGAAGUCCUCAGUCGAGGCUGAGCGGCUGGUAGCUGGCAAGCUCAAGAAGGACACGUACAUUGAGAAUGAGAAGAUGCAUUCCAACAAGCGCCAGGACCUGGUCACCAAAAUCGACAACAUCCUCGACGCGCUGUAACUGGUUUAGUGACCGGGUGGAGGGGAGAGGUAUGAAGAGAAAUGAGAAGCCUGGGAGUGGAAACACUUUGAGACAAAACUCCUUCCCAGCAAAAUUAGGGGAAAAGUUGAUGUUAAGUGUCUGAAAGUACAUUUUGGUUUUAGAUUUUCUAUAGAGCCUGUCUGCUCAGCAACACGUGCUGUGCAAGGGACCACGACAUCAUGCUGUUUGGCUGGGUAACAGGGUUUCUCUACCAGAGGUGAGGCUCAGCCAGGUUAUAAAACAGUCUCAUGCUUUUGGCUUUCCCUGUAGAGAUGCACCCUGA